GCUGUCCAUCAAGAUAUAGACAUCUCAAUGUGACAUGUCAAUUCCGUUAACUGUGAAGCACCAUAUUCCUGUCAUACGGCAACCUGAGCCGAGGCAAUGGUGGGCACCGGAACACAUCCAAGGUAUAUGACAAGAUGAAAGCUUCAAAGAAAUCCAUUUUGGCAACGAUAUUGUGUGAAUCAACCAUGAUAUAAAGCAACUGAAGAUCUUCCCAACAUGUAUCGCUCCAUCAUUCGGAUUCAUCGAGUCAGCCGUGUGGCUUCUCGUCGCUGUUACAACAGUGGACCUAAGAUAAGUCACGAUCCCACUUUAUCAGCAAAAGAUGAAGACAGCAACACGCAUACAAAAAGGGUAUAUGCCCAACCUGCUGCCCCAAAUUCACCCGAGGUUCAAGACAAUUCGUACUCUUCAUAUAAACGUUCCAAAGGCCAGUUUGUUUACGAUGCCUCUCAUGGCCCACCUGUACCCUUGCGAAAGAAAACUCGUCCUCCAACUUUCAUACGGCCUCUUCUCAGUACUGAACUUUCUACGCAGCAAAAGGCAAACCAAGAGUUGAUAAACUCAGCAGCUGAUCUUGGGGAAGAGAUUGUUCAUCCAAAGUUAGGAAAGGGUUAUCGAGAGAAUCUUCGUUUGCUCGAUAAUGGAGCAUUCAUGCCAAUCAAUUUUGCUGAAGGACCGGAUUCGGUUCCACGUCGAUGGCUAAGAGACAAUUGUCGUUGUGCAAAGUGUAGACGUCCUGAUACUAUGCAGCGAGAAGUAAACAUUUUCUCGUCUGACCUCAAAGUUCUCCCGGAGUCAAUCAACAAAGCCAAGAAGGAGGGCCUUGAAGUAACAUGGCUCGAUAGCGUAGAUAAUGAUGCCAAGUCAGAUCAUGUUACUGUUUACCCAUGGGACUGGCUCCACAAACAUCAGGUUUACCGCGCCGCAGAGAAGUUCCAGUCUCCUAGAGCUUCAAUUGUUAGUAGCACUCAGGGAGGAGAUAAUUCAGCGGAAGUAGAAGUUCCAAUACCCGAUCCAGAUAGCCAUGAAGUCGUUCUUUGGGAUUCACUUAUAGGAAAAUCUCCACCUACUGUUAACUAUGAAGAAGUCAUGGCUAGUGAAACUGGCGUAGGAAAAUGGACACGUAUGAUUCACAACUAUGGCUUCUGUUUCGUAGAUGGGGUUCCAAUAUCUCCUGAAAAGACUCAAGAGCUUCUCGAACGUAUUGCUUUUAUUCGACCAACACAUUAUGGUGGAUUCUACGAUUUCACAUCCGAUCUAACAAUGAAAGACACAGCCUACACCAGCGAAGCUAUCGGUCCUCAUACCGAUACAACCUACUUCACCGAUCCCGCCGGUCUCCAGAUGUUCCAUCUUCUUUCUCAUACCGAAGGAACUGGUGGUGAAUCUCUCCUUGUUGAUGGCUUCUGGGCUGCUCGCUUGCUUCGCAAUCGCCACAAAGAUGCUUUAUCAAAAAUAGCAGUUCCUUGGCAUGCCAGUGGGAAUGAUGGUAUUAAUAUCACUCCAAAUAGACCAUACCCUGUUCUUACCAUGAAUACAAAUCGUGCGGCGACGCAGAUUAGGUGGAAUGAGGCGGAUAGAGGCACGAUUCAUCCCGGAUACUCCCAGGAGUGGUAUGAGGCGGCGAAAGCAUAUAAUGAUAGGGUUAAUGAUCCAAAGCUACAGUAUUGGUCGCAACUUGUACCUGGACGGGCUUUGAUUUUCGACAAUUGGAGAGUUCUUCAUGGAAGAUCAGAGUUUACAGGCAAAAGACGUAUAUGUGGUGGAUACAUUAACCGUGAUGAUUAUGUUUCGAGAUAUUUGAACACAAAUUUCACUCGUGAACAGAUCUUGGAGAAGAUACUAUGAUAACGGAUAUUAUAGCUUUCUUCAAAUAUCUAUUCUUUUCUUAGGAAGGGGUAAGAGGCUAGUGAUCUAUUGAAUAGAUGAUGCCGUAGCUCUUUGACGCGCAUUGCGAGCAAUUAUCAGGUGGUUUACCAAGGCAAAAACUAGAUAUUCUAGGUAGACUAUAGAGAAUGAAGAUGCGAAAGAUGUUCUAAGAGGGUAGAGUACAUCGAUAAGUAUUCAAUAAACUCACUUACCA